AUGACCACCAUCACCACCACCAUCACCACCAUCACCACCACCACCACCACCAUCACCACCAUCACCACCACCACCACCAUCAUGAUCAUCAUCACUAUCAUCACCACCAUCACCACCAUGACCACCAUCACCACCAUGACCACCAUCACCACCACCAUCACCACCAUCACCACCACCACCAUCACCACCACCACCACCAUCACCACCAUCACCACCACCACCACCACCACCAUCACCACCACCACCACCAUCAUGAUCAUCAUCACUAUCAUCACCACCAUUACCACCAUGACCACCAUCACCACCAUGACCACCAUCACCACCACCAUCACCACCACCACCAUCACCACCACCACCAUCACCACCACCAUCACGAUCAUCAUCACUAUCAUCACCACCAUCACCACCAUGACCACCAUCACCACCACCAUCACCACCAUCACCAUCACCACCACCACCAUCACCACCACCAUCACGAUCAUCAUCACUAUCAUCACCACCAUCACCACCAUGACCACCAUCACCACCACCAUCACCACCAUCACCACCACCACCAUCACCACCACCACCACCAUCACCACCAUCACCACCACCACCAUCACCACCAUCACCACCACCACCACCAUCAUGAUCAUCAUCACUAUCAUCACCACCAUCACCACCAUGACCACCAUCACCACCAUGACCACCAUCACCACCACCAUCACCACCACCACCAUCACCACCACCACCAUCACCACCACCACCACCACCACCACCACCAUCACCACCACCACCACCACCACCAUCACCAUCACCACCAUCACCAUCACCACCAUGACCACCAUCACCACCACCAUCACCACCAUCACCACCACCACCACCACCAUCACCACCAUCACCACCACCACCACCAUCAUGAUCAUCAUCACUAUCAUCACCACCAUCACCACCAUGACCACCAUCACCACCAUGACCACCAUCACCACCACCAUCACCACCAUCACCACCACCACCAUCACCACCACCACCACCAUCACCACCAUCACCACCACCACCACCACCACCAUCACCACCACCACCACCAUCAUGAUCAUCAUCACUAUCAUCACCACCAUUACCACCAUGACCACCAUCACCACCAUGACCACCAUCACCACCACCAUCACCACCACCACCAUCACCACCACCACCAUCACCACCACCAUCACGAUCAUCAUCACUAUCAUCACCACCAUCACCACCAUGACCACCAUCACCACCACCAUCACCACCAUCACCACCACCACCAUCACCACCACCACCACCAUCACCACCAUCACCACCACCACCAUCACCACCAUCACCACCACCACCACCAUCAUGAUCAUCAUCACUAUCAUCACCACCAUCACCACCAUGACCACCAUCACCACCAUGACCACCAUCACCACCACCAUCACCACCACCACCAUCACCACCACCACCAUCACCACCACCACCACCACCACCACCACCAUCACCACCACCACCACCACCACCAUCACCAUCACCACCAUCACCAUCACCACCACCACCACCAUCACGAUCAUCAUCACUAUCAUCACCACCAUCACCACCAUGACCACCAUCACCACCACCAUCACCACCACCACCAUCACCACCACCACCAUCACCACCACCACCAUAACCAUGACUACAACCAUCACAACUAUCAUCAUUCUCACAUUUACCAUUGUUGUCACUGCCAUCAACUCCUUCAUUAUGUCAUUUGUCAUCUAUCAUUACCACCCUGGUCAACAUCAUCACCACCACCUUCAUCCAAAAUCAAUUUUCAGCUGCAAAGUCGAAGGCCAGGCCUCAGAUGACUCGCCCAAGGCCUCUGCAGUGAGGCAGGUGGAGCAGUUGGGGCCCCGGAAGUCAUCUCACGAGCACAGUGAGCGCAUGGCGGUCUUGACCCGCUGGGGACACCGUCGGGCCACCUCUGCCGCCACCAUGCCUGCCCUGGGCCUUGGUGCCCGGCAGCCCUGA